CCUCGGCAGCGCAGUCCGGCCCAGCAACGCGCUCCGCGUGCGCCGCGAGUCCGCCGGACGGUCGCACACCGCAACCGGAGUCAGCAUGUCGAACCCGACCCACGACCCGUUCUACUCGUCCCCGUUCGGACCGUUCUACCGGAGACACUCCCCUUACAUGGUCCAGCCCGAGUACCGGAUCUACGAGAUGAACAAGCGGCUGCAGGCGCGCACAGAGGAAAGCGACAGUCUGUGGUGGGACGCCUUCGCCACUGAGUUCUUUGAAGAGGACGCCACCCUCACACUCUCCUUCUGCCUGGAGGACGGACCAAAGAGAUACACGAUUGGCCGGACACUCAUCCCUCGUUACUCAGCACGGUGUUUUGAGGGCGGUGUGACGGAGCUCCACUACAUCCUCAAACACUCCAAGGAGUCUUUUCACAACUCCUGCAUCACUGUGGACUGUGACCAGUGCACCAUGGUCACACAGCAUGGGAAACCAAUGUUUACAAAGGUUUGCACGGAGGGACGUCUGAUACUGGAGUUCGCCUUCGACGAUUUGAUGAGGAUCAAGACGUGGCACUUCACCAUCAGACAGUACCGAGAGCUCAUCCCUCGCAGCAUCCUGGCCAUGCACGCACAAGACCCUCAGGUGCUCGAACAGCUGUCUAAAAACAUCACACGCAUGGGCCUGACCAACUUCACCCUCAACUACCUCAGGUUGUGUGUCAUCCUGGAGCCCAUGCAGGAGCUCAUGUCCCGGCACAAGACGUACAACCUCAGCCCGCGGGACUGUCUGAAGACAUGCCUGUUCCAAAAGUGGCAGAGGAUGGUCGCACCACCAGCUGGACACCCACAGAACUUCAAAACGGAAAUAUUUUCCACAAAUCACAAAAAAGGUCGCGCCAAAGCUGAGCCUGCCCGACAGACGACCACCAAGAGGAGGAAACGAAAGAACUCCGCCAGCAGCGCCAACAGCAGCGUGGGAAACGCCGCCAGCAAGAAACGCAGCCCGGCCACCAACUUCAGCCUCUCCAGUCAGGACGUGAUGGUGGUUGGCGAGCCGACCCUGAUGGGCGGGGAGUUCGGCGACGAGGAUGAGCGUCUGAUCACUCGCUUAGAAAACACGCAGUACGACGCCACCAACGGACUGGACGACGAGGACGACUUCAACAGCUCCCCGGCGCUGGGCAACAACAGCCCCUGGACCACCAAGCCCCCCGGGGCCGGCCAGGACGCCAAGCCCGAGAGCGCUGCCACGCAGCCCUCCCAGUAAGGGGGGGAGGAGGAGAAGAAGAGGACAGCCACUGACUCUCAGCUCCAUGGCGGACUGGACCCACUUUCUACACAAUCCACAACCCCCCCUCCCCCUCCCCCUCCCCCUAGC